GUUUUGCGUCGCCACGAUGUGACGCGAACCCUUUUCUCCUCCACAUCUUCUCCUCCUUUCUUCUUUCUCCUCUCACCGAGACGAAGCGAGCGGCUCCGCGGGAGGUGCAGGAGGCUCCGGCAGCGGCUCAUCAUCAGACACCAAUGACUCCAGCUGUGUGAGAGGGCAUCCAUCUUCCGGUGUGCUGGAUGUCUGUGACAGAUCCAUGGGUCAGAAGGACCAUGUGGAGGCAGGGGCCGGCCACAUGCUCGACCCGGAGCCGGAUCUGGAGUAUCUCCACGUAGCUGGGGCCGACCGGCAGGCUGGCGGCGCUGACGGAGCCCGUGCUAUGGAGGAGCAGGGGGAGAGCUCCGGUAGCAGCAGCACCGCCGAUCCCCCUCCGCCGGCCACAGCGGAGGAAAGUGCUGGGCCUGACUCCGAGUGCGAGCUGGUGUCCUCUUCCAGCUCCACCCUUGCUGCCGGCCCUGACCCGGAUGGAGGAGAGGGAGCAUCACCUCACAAUAAGAACACCCACCAGCCACUUUGUCGUACGCAGUGUGUGGACUUAGGCACCGAGGGGCCUCCCGAGCCCCCACCUGAACUCUCACCAGAGCGUGAACCUGAUAUUCCUGCACAGACCCCACCCACCUCCCCGCGUAAGAACCCCCCCGAGCCUCGGCCCAGUCCCUCCACAUCGAGGCCGGCAUCCGAGGCUGGCGGGAAGGAGUACCAGGCUAAGCUGGAGUUCGCCCUGAAGCUGGGUUACUCUGAGGAGACGGUGCGACUGGUGCUGUCCAAGCUGGGCCCGGACACCCUCAUCAACGACAUACUGGGAGAGCUGGUCAAACUGGGCACCAAGUCGGACAGCGAGCAGCCGGCCGGAUCAUUGGCCUCCGCCUCAUCCUCUUCCUCCUCCUCGUCAUCGUGCGGUUGCUCUGACUUGCUGGACAGCCAGAGGUCGGACUCGCCCUGUCUCUCGGACCCUGUGUGCGACCAGGACAACCUGCGGCCGAUUGUGCUGGACGGGAGCAAUGUCGCCAUGAGUCACGGGAACAAGGAGGUGUUUUCGUGCCAGGGCAUCCAGCUGGCGGUGGACUGGUUCCUCGAGCGAGGCCACCAUGACAUCACAGUGUUUGUACCCGCAUGGAGGAAGGAGCAGUCCCGGCCCGAUGCCCCCAUAACAGAUCAGGAGAUCUUGCGUCGCCUGGAGAAAGAAAAGAUUCUGGUCUUCACUCCCUCACGACGCGUCCAAGGCCGGCGCGUGGUCUGCUAUGACGACCGCUUCAUUGUGAAGUUGGCGUAUGAGUCAGACGGCAUCAUCGUCUCCAACGACAACUACCGGGACCUGGCGAACGAGAGGCCCGAGUGGAAGAAGUUCAUCGACGAGCGGCUGCUCAUGUACUCCUUCGUCAACGACAAGUUCAUGCCCCCAGACGACCCUCUGGGCCGUCAUGGCCCCUCCUUAGACAACUUCCUGAGGAAGAGACCCAUCAUGCCUGAGCAGAAGAAACAGCCUUGUCCAUAUGGAAAAAAGUGCACUUAUGGCCACAAGUGUAAGUACUACCACCCGGAGCGAGGUGCGCAGCCUCAGCGAGCCGUGGCCGACGAGCUGCGAGCCAGCGCCAAGACCUGCGUCACCGUGAAGAACCAGGGCGACGCCGGGCUGGUGAAGAGCCACAGUGUGCCAGCUGGCAGCAUCGAGGCAAAGAAAGGGGCCACGAAGAGGCAGUCGGACCCCAGCAUCCGAGCCCUGUCCUACAGCGACGCUGAGGAGAAGCUGCUGGCUAAAGGGAGGCUGGAGAGCCAAAAGAACAGUAUGUGUGGUGGCAGCAGUUCCAGUGGCAGCGGUAGCUGCAUCACCAUGUCCCCGGCCCCGGGGGGGCCUCCAUCCAGCCUUAACCUCCCCCAGGACCACCAGUCCAGAGCAGUCACUCCUCACUGUCUCCUCCCAGCCCCCAGCCACGACCUCUACCCUCACUGUGAGUCCCCCGACCUGAGCUACUACUCAGUAACGCGUGCCUACUCCGGCCUGGGCCUGUCCUCCAGACGGAGCCCAGACUGUCGCUUCCCCAACGACACCGACCUGCGGCCGGGCUCCUUCGGCUCCGCCGGCUCCGAGUGCGGCAGCGAGAGCAGCACCAGUUGUGGCAGCAGCUGCGACUCGUACAGCGAGAGGCCGUGCCCAGUCUGCCCCCCUGACACCUUACUGGAAGACAACAUCCAUUUCGCGAACCCCCACAGCCGCCUGUAUCCCCAUCACGCUGCAACCAGCCAUGAACACUGUGGUCUCCACCCGGCCGAUUACACAAAUAUGCCCCACAGCCACGCGAGUAACACCAGCAUUCACAGUUACCACCUGGGCAUGACACGCGGGCAGAGCUGUUCUCAUGAUCAACAGCCGUCAGAGGCUCUGCCGAAGCGUCCUCUCUACCCCUUACCCCCCCAUCUCCAGCACCAGCCGCUGGCCGCACGCUCCAGCUGCCCCGGCGACUACCACUCUCUGCCGCAGCCCAACCCUCACCCCCCUGGCUCUCCUCUUGGCCGCUGCCUGGCCCCCACUCGAGCAGAGAGUGUGUCAGACUCCCAUCUGUACGAGCACCUCUCCACGUCGCACCAUCACCACCGACCGAAAGCUCUGCCCAGCUGGGACACGUACUACAGACAGCCGCUGCCGCCGUCCAGAUACGAGCCGUCAGCCUAUCAGAGCCUCCCGGACACACGCCAGUCCUCCUGGCACACCCCUCCCUGGGCGCAGGACGGGUACGCCCAGCACCACUCCUCUCACCCAGCUCUCCACCCGUCCCCGACACAUUACCAUAACCACCCGCCACCUCCCGCCCACCCUCCUCACCCGUCCCAUCCAUCCAGCUCCCCUCUUCCACCCUACUCUCCACACAGCCCUCACCUGACGCUGCCCUCCCACGCUCCUCCCUCCUACAUGCCACAGCACUCGGAGUCCCCUGCGCACAGCUGCUACGGGGACGUGAGGGAGAAAGUGUUCAUCAACCUGUGCAACAUCUUUCCCUCGGAGUUGGUCAGCCGGGUGAUGGCCAGGAGCCCCCACGUCACGGACCCCCAGCAGCUAGCGGCCGCCAUCCUGACAGAGAAGGCCCAGACGGGCUACUGAGGGAUGAAGAGACUAAGAAAAUAAAAAAUGUGGUGUGCAUCAGCAGACAAACAUGAAUUUGCCUUUAAAACACUUGAAAGCCUGGUGGAACCCAGGAAUGCUUCUGGCCUGUCUGCAAGGAGAGCAUGUUCUUGUCUUAUGAAGUUGCUGAAGAUAAUCCAAACCCCAGCUCCAGUCACUGUGCAGCGACAACUAAAUUCACUCGUGUGGAGAGAUGGAGUGGAAAUCUGUGACUUUUACACAAAGUGCAAAUUGAGAAGAUUGUUCUACACGAGCUCGAUUGUCAUUUCAAUUUAUUUUAUUUAUUUUCCAUAGCUCCCCAUGAAGGACUGCCUCCAGGCUUUAAGGCACUUUUUUAUUUUACAGCCCCGAUCCUAAGGUGCUCGUUUCACAUCCAAAGCGACUGACAUGAAGGGUUAUUUCAUUUAUGACCCAUUAUGUGCACUGUAAACUUCCUCUCAGACUCAAGUCAAGCAGUGGUGUAGCACCAGAUUUUCUAUUCACAGCUUUGACGAAAGCGUCGUAACUAUUCAAACUUCACUUCACAUUUUUUCGUUGUGAAAUCCUGUCUGUUUCAAACGACUAUUUAAACCAAGGUCUGUGUAUUAUAUUAACCUCUUCCUGUGUGCUGUGCUGCUGUCGUGUGUUUUUUCUCAAAGUCGGGGAAGUCGUCUUGUCCGAGGUGGUGUCAGUAUUUCGGUCAGAGCUGUAGAGAUGGGUGACCCUGUCGUGUGUACCUUAGUUUUAGUAAGGGACAUCUCUCUCUUUCUCUAACUCUAUCUCUCUCUCUCUCUCUCUCUUUCUCUGUCUCUCUCUCUCUCUCUGGCCCUUUAUUCCGGGUCCGCUCUGGUUUCUGCCACAGACAGGGAUCGACCUCGACACCAGUGAACGGAGCGUGCACGUACUGUACAUAUAUUUAACCGACCCCACCCUCCCCCCUGCUGUGCUACCGGCGACCAGCGACCACCGCUGUCUGUAGCAGAUCCCAGCUGAAUCCGUGCUAGACAGAGAAAAACCUUGUUUGAUACAAAUUGUAUCCUGAACUAAGUCGCUGAUGUUCUAUACAGUACAUGGACUAUUUAUCAACCUCUCUCUGUGUAUUGCGUGAUGAUGAAGUGCAUUGCAAACAUCUUUUUAAUCUGAGCUUUGAGACAAUUACUUCAAAUAUGUUGUGAAGCAGGAGGAGUUGUGUGCCUACUAUGUUUAGGUCGCCUCAACUUCUUCUUCUUUCUGUGCUUUUGGGUUUGAAGCUGGCUUUUAUUUUACAGGAGCUCCAGUUAUACUACCAGCGAGAAGUUUUGUUUUGUUUAGUUUCACUGGCUGACGGGACAAGACGGCCCAUUUGAGAAUGAAAGUGAAUUAGUUUCUGUUUUAGCCUUGAUAUGGAUAAGUCACAUUAUCAAACUGAUUUAUUCUCAGUAGCAAAGUAUUUCUAUAAAUCAUUAAUUUAGGGGACAGACCCCCAUCAGUGUGUAAUGAGUUCAAUUUUAAAUUCGAGUCCAUCUUUAACGGCGGCUGUUUUGAGUGUCUGCAACUCUGAGUGGAGCCCGAAAUCGCCGCCUGACGGAACUGACGUGGACGCUGAGCUCGUCGUGCGGUUCAUCACAAGCCAGCUGCGUAAAGCCCACUGGUUUCUUUCCUGUCCGACGUGUCACAUUGUACAACUGUCGACUGAGUGUACAACAACACGUGCUGUUGAUAUGAGGGAACCUUUGUGUGUAUUGAAGAAGCGCCUCCUCUCUGGCCUCCUGACACCGUGUGUCAGCGUGGCACCUGAGCGUGGGCCCAAAGUAAUGCCUCUUCAUGGCAUUGUGCUUAUGACACAUCCAAUACUCUGAACUAUGUUCAGCUAACUGUUAAGCAUGUUUUGAUUUGUUUUGAUUUCUGCAUGUAUUUAAGUUGUGUACAAAGCUGUGUAUUUGCAUUUAUGAGCCAUCUGUGGUACUUCAGACUCGCUGUUGAGAUGCUUCUAGGUUAACUUGUACACAAACGUGGUUGUUAAUGUUUUCUUGGUUAAUGUUUCAUUUCAUAAAGUGUUAGUGUUCAGAGAAGCACUCGUCUUUAACAGUUAUUCAAGUCAGGGCCGAAUGCUUUCUGGUUUUCUGUAGGAUCAGGAAGCUUUGUCCGACAUUGUUUUGUUUUUUAAGUGCACUCUGCCAUCGAUGGUAAUAAUAAAUGAUCAAUUGACUUGUUUGCUCUAGAUGUUAAAGAUCUAUACAGAGUCCCUUGUUUCAAACUGGAUCUACAUUCUGCCAGUAGAAAUACAGCAUAACUGUUUGUAAGAUUCUCAACUGUAACUGUGGUUGUUCAUUAAAGAGAGUACUGCUAUGAA